AUGAAUAAUGAAAAUCAGAUUAAUGAUAAUCCUAUAGAAUCAAAUGAUUCAAAACCGACACCAACACCAACACCAUCGAAAACAAUAACAGAUCAAAUGAUCGGUUUAACCAACCAAAAUGAUUUUUCUAACAAUAUAUAUUUUAUCAUUACUCAUUCUGUCUAUCUCCCUCUUACUAAAACAUUAUUUAGAUUAAAAAAACAAUAUGAAACCAAUCAUAUGUUAUCACACUUCAAUGAAUAUUCAUCUCAAAAAUAUCAUCAAAUGUCUAGCGAUUUUGAAAAGCAUACAAAAAUGUUAAAAGAAAUGAAAAAAGAUUUAGAUUAUAUAUUUAAAAAAACAAGAAAUUUACAAAUAUUAUUAAAUGAAAAAUUUCAAAUACCUGGCGUAACUGAUCAAUACAAUGAAGAAGAAGAUGAAGAUGAUGAUGGUGAUAAUUAA